AUGGCUCUCGUCGCUGGGAAGAAACAAAUUGUGGAAAAUCAAUUAGAGAUAUCGCGCCCUGUCUACAUAACUGCGCCCUCUGACGCAGGGCUUCCAGAAAGGGAUCCAGAUGGAGAGCCACGUACAGCAGCAGUCCACCGGGAGGAGCGGCAACAUGACCCAACUCGAACCCGGGCAGAGGCUCGCCUCCGCCGCAAAGUUGACCUGCGGCUCUGCACCAUUGCUGGUAUUCUCUGCAGUCUGAAUCUACUCGACAGUGGCAUCAUCUCUUCGGCAGCCGUCACCAGCAUGCUCUCUGACCUCAACCUGGUCCGAGACCGCUAUUCUGUCUCAAUCUUCAUCUUCACCGUCGCCUCCGUCGCCUUCCAACUUCCGGCGACCGUCUUGUUACGAUUCAUCGGGCCCCGAUUAUUCUUCUCGGCAAUCACUUGUGCCUUUGGUAUUAUCACCAUGUGCACGGCCGCUAUAACCAACUGGCAACAGAUGAUAGCCCUCAGAGUCCUCCUCGGAAUCUCCAUGGCCGGUAUCUAUCCAGGGUUAACCUACCUUAUUUCAACCUGGUAUACUCGUCAUGAACAGCAGCUCCGAUUCGCUCUGUUGCAGUCUGGGGAAAUCAUCAUCCUCGCCACCGGCUCUAUCGUCAACUUCGGUUUGAAUCACCUCGACCAUCGAAAUGGCCUUCGGGGCUGGCAAUGGAUGUAUCUUGUUCAAGGCUCGGUCACUGUCUUUCUCGGGGUGAUCACCUACUUUUGGAUGAUCGACUUUCCGGACCAAUGCGAGAACUCGUUCUAUUUCCUCACGGAGGAUGAGAAGAGCCUUGCAAUUUCUCGAAUCAACGAAGACCGGCACGAUGCCGGGAAACCCGAGCCAUUCAGCCUGUCUGCUAUUUGGGUACAUUUUCUCGACCCGAAGCUAUACGCCUUUUGUGUGUUGUUCUUCUUACUCAACUUGGUAUCCACAGCGCUCUCGUACUUCUUGCCAAUCAUACUGCAGAGUGGCAUGGGUUUCAACUCCAACAAGGCAAUUCUAUUGUCAUCCCCUCCAUACUACUAUGCGGUCAUUCCCGUUUUGCUUUCUUCCUUCCUUGGAGACAAGUACAGGGUUCGAGCACCGGUCAUCAUUUUCAAUGCAACUUGCCUAAUCGUGGGGUUCUGCAUGUUAGGUUUCAGCAGUCAAGUAACGGUGAGAUAUAUCGGCACGUUUCUGGCCACAGGAGCCUACAUUAGUAACUGGGCUGCGCUUAAUGCUUAUCAAGCCAACAACAUAGUCGGUCAGUGGAAGCGCGCCACGGUGGCGGCAGCCAUUUCUGCCUGCAACGGUUUGGGAGGCAUAGCUGGCAGUUACAUCGUCCGCCAACCAGAGGCUCCACGAUAUUUGACGGCGAUAUGGGUGAGCAUUGGGAGUCAUAUUUUGAUGAUCAUCCUGGUUGCGGCUUGUACAAUGUGGUUCUGCAUCGCGAAUCGCAAAGCUAAGAGGAAGGGAAGUCUGAUCGAGGGGGUGUCGAACUUUCACUACACCUAUUGA